AUGAGCUCAAUCUCUAAUACCAGGGUUCCUUUGGUGGACAAAGCCGAGGAGUCCGUCGAGGAUAGAAAAGCUAAUGAGUUCGGGCCGUUGACGAGUAAACAGUUUCUGUACGAAGUCCGGUCGCGCGAUGGGGAGCCAUUGAACGACCCUAUUCUAGAUACGCCUUCGUAUUACGUGGUUGUCAUUACAUAUCUAAACUACCUGAUACUUAUCAUUUUGGGCCAACUCCACGAUUUCCUGGGCAUGACCUUCCAGAAGGAAAAACAUCAAGAUAUCAUGGAAAAGGACGGUCUGGCGCCAUGGUUUUCCAAGUUUGAAAGUUUCUACGUGAGAAGGCUUAAGCUGCGUAUCGAUGAUUGUUUCUCAAGGCCCACAACGGGCGUUCCAGGUAGAUUUAUCACUUGCAUCGAUCGCAUUUCGCAUGAACUAAACCGCUACUACACCUAUCCCGGUACUACUACUAUGUGUUUAAACCUGUCGUCAUACAACUACCUUGGCUUCGCCCAAAGCGAGGGGCUUUGCACAGCUGCCGCCUUGGAGAGCAUCGAUAAGUACGGAAUCUGUGCCGGAGGCCCCAGAACACAGCUGGGAACAAUGGAUCUUCAUUACGAGACCGAGAAGUUGGUUGCUCGUUUUGUAGGUAAAGAAGAUGCGAUGGUCUUUUCCCAGGGCUAUGGUAGUAAUGCCAAUUUUUUCAACUCAAUUUUAGACCCAAAAUGUCUCAUUAUCUCGGAUGAGCUUAAUCACACCUCUAUAAGAACCGGUGUGCGUCUAUCGGGCGCCACCGUCAAGGCAUUCAAGCACAACAAUAUGGAGGUCUUGGAGAAACUGAUAAAGGACCAAAUUGUGAGCGGGCAACCCAAGACUCACCGGCCUUGGAAAAAAAUCCUUAUUUGUGUUGAAGGUCUGUUUUCUAUGGAGGGAACUAUGUGCAAUCUACCAAAACUUGUGGAGCUGAAGAACAAAUACAAGUGCUACCUUUUUGUAGACGAAGCCCACUCGAUAGGCGCUAUUGGAAGACAUGGUCGCGGCGUAUGCGAUUAUUUCGGAAUAAGCCCUUCCAACGUGGAUAUAAUGAUGGGUACGUUCACCAAAUCAUUUGGGGCGGCUGGUGGUUACAUUGCCGCUGAUAAAAAUAUCAUCGAUAGACUAAGAUGCGACUUGACGACUACGAACUACAGUGAAUCUGUUCCUCCUGCUGUGUUGUCUCAAACAUGUACUUCGCUGCGGAUUAUUGCUGGGGAGUUAAACCCCGGUGAAGGUCUCGAGAGACUUCAACGUAUUGCAUUCAACUCGAGGUACUUGAGAUUGGCAUUAAAGAGAUUAGGUUUCAUUGUGUACGGCAUUGCCGAUUCUCCGGUUGUACCUCUGCUGCUUUACGCACCUUCCAAAAUGCCUGCGUUCUCGAGAAUGAUGUUGCAAAGGAAAAUCGCGAUUGUGGUUGUAGCGUACCCUGCUACUCCAUUGAUCGAAUCUCGUGUUAGAUUUUGUGUCUCAUCUUCGUUGACUAAGGAAGAUAUUGAUUACCUAUUGCGCCAUGUAAAUGAAGUAGGGGACAAAUUAUUCUUGAAAGUGAGCACCGGUAAAGCCGGUGGCUCGCUUGACGGCAAGCCUCCUAGAUGGGACAUCGACGAGGUCAUUAGACGCACACCAGCGGAUUGUAGAGACGACCAGUACUUCGCGAAUUAA